AUGCCAUCCAAAGGCCCGAGGCUUGGUUUCAAGGACGGACGGCGACUGGACCUGUCCGGCAGCGACGUCCCGACCGAGCAGGCGGCCGUGCUCGGCAACCUGCUCUCCACCACAGCCGACGUCACGCAGCUCUGCCUCAACGACUGCCUGCUCUCCGAGGAUGCCCUGAAGGCACUGUGCCUAGGCCUGUGCCUGAACACAUCGGUGGAGCUGCUGGAGCUCCGGGGUAACAACGUGCGCGGCCCAGGCACGGAGCACCUGGCCACCCUGCUCAAGAAGAACGGCCGCCUGCGCGCGCUCACACUCGAGUGGAACAACCUCGGCCUGAGCCCGCCGUCGUUCCGCGUGUUUGCCGACGCGCUGCGCACCAACCGAGGCUUGACGUCGCUGGACCUGCGCAGCAACCAGCUGGACCACCAGUGCGCGGCGUACGUGGCGCGCGCCGUGGCCUCCAACCGCCACCUCAGCCACCUCGACCUGCGCUGGAACGGCGUGGGCGUGCUUGGCGGCUGGCCGCAGCCUGCUCUCCGGGUCCGCAACAACCAGAGCUACUGGAGUCGGAGGCGGCACCAGGCGACCGAGCGCAUUCCCUCCUGA